AUGAAGAAAGGCAUCCCGUUCAUAUGGGAUGAGGCGUGCAAGAAUGCGUUUGAAAGUAUCAAGUCAUACUUGGUGAAGCCGCCCGUGUUGACCGCUCCUAUUCACGGUCGCCCACUAAUCCUUUAUAUCUCUGCCCAAGAAAGCUUUGUGGGUGCCCUGCUUGCUCAAGAAAAUGACAACGGGAAAGAGAAUGCCCUCUACUAUCUCAGUAGAAUGAUGACCCCGAAUGAGUUAAAGUACUCCCCAAUCGAGAAGCUAUGUUUGGCACUAGUGUUCGCCUACUCCCCAAUCGAGAAGCUAUGUUUGGCACUAGUGUUCGCCAUCAAACCAAUCGAGAAGCUAUGUUUGGCACUAGUGUUCGCCAUCAAAAAACUCAAGCACUACUUUGAAGCUCAUAUCAUUCAACUUGUGUCGAAAGCGAACCUAGUAAAGUUUGUCAUGGCGAAGGUCGUUCUCUCUGAUCGCCUUGCAAGGUGGUACUUAUUAUUUCAACAGUUUGAAAUCAUUUAUGUGCCACAAAAGUCUGUCAAGGGGCAAUCUUUAGCUGAUUUCUUAGCAAAUCAUCCAAUACCGGCUGAAUGGGAGUUAUCUGAUGACCUGCCUGAUGAGGAUGUGCUUAUCAUUGAAGUCCUACCCCCAUGGAAAAUGUAUUUUGAUGGAGCUGCGCAUAGAGGAGGGGCAGGAGCCGGAGUUGUCUUCGUCACUUCGGAAGGUGAAGUGUUGCCAUAUUCAUUCACCUUGACUGAGCAAUGUUCAAAUAAUGUGGCCGAAUAUCAAGCGUUGAUACUGGGACUAGAGAUAGCAGUUGACAUGAAACAGCUGAGAAUUAACAUCUAUGGAGAUUCAAAGUUGGUCAUCAACCAAGUGAUGGGUUUGUACGAAGUGAGGAAAGCAGAGUUAGUCCCAUACAACAACUACGCAAAGAUACUCAUACAAUGGUUGGGAGACGUCACGAUUGAACAUGUACCAAGGAAAGAGAACAAGCAAGCUGACGCCUUAGCCGCAAUGGCUUCAACUAUCGCCCAUCCUACAGCUCGAGUACAAGUAUGUCAAAAGUGGGUAGUUCCACCUAUCUUCAAUGAAGAUGGCUCAGUCGAUGAAACUGUUGAACUCCCUACUGCUUCCGUUUACGACAUUGACCAAGAUGACUGGAGGCAAUCAUUGAUUGAUUACUUCACCGAUGGGAAAUUACCAGAAGAUCCUCGUAAGAGGGUGGACAUAAAGCGUCGAGCUCCUCGCUUCAUCUACAAUAAUGAGACGUUAUACCGUCGUUCAUUUGAGGGAGUCUGGCUCCGAUGUCUAGGAGAAGAGGAGGCAUUACAAGCUAUGCAGGAGGCUCAUUCUGGGGUCUGUGGCGCGCAUCAGUCUGGCCCUAAGUUGCACUUCCACAUUAAACGAAUGGUUGCAUCUUGGCCUUUCGAUGCUUGGGGACUCGAUGUGGUUGGCCCAAUUACGCCCAAGUCAUCUGCAGGGCAUGCAUACAUAUUAGCCGCCACUGACUACUUUUCAAAGUGGGCAGAAGCUGUGGCAUUAAAGGAGGUAAAAAAGGAAAAUGUUGCAGACUUCCUCCGUGUCCAUAUCAUCUAUCGAUUUGGUAUCCCACGAUAUAUCUUAACUGAUAACGGGAAACCCUUUGACAAUAAACUGAUGGACAAGAUCUGCAAGCUUUUUGUCUUUCAGCAACGAAACUCUUCGGCUUAUUAUGCAGCUGCAAAUGGGCUUGCUGAAGCUUUCAACAAGACCCUAUGCAAUUUGUUAAAGAAAGUAGUCUUGAAAUCAAAACGUGACUGGCAUGACAGAAUGGAAGAAGCUUUGUGGGCGUAUAGAACCACAUACCGCACACCUACUCAAAGCACUCCAUAUUCUUUGGUGUAUGGUGUGGAAGCAGUCUUGCCUCUAGAGCGCCAAAUACCUUCUCUAAGGUUGGCCAUACAAGAGGGUCUUACUGACGAAGAAAAUGCUAAGUUACGCUUGGCUGAAUUGGAAGCCUUGGAUGAAAAGCGACUACAAGCUCAACAGAGCUUAGAAUGUUAUCAAGCUCGUAUGUCAAGAGCCUUUAACAAAAGGGUGAGGACCCGUUCUUUUCAAAUUGGCAACAAAGUCCUAGCUGUUCGAAGGCCUAUCAUUGUGACAAGGAAAACCGGCCACAAGUUCACUCCAAAGUGGGAUGGUCCCUACGUGGUUCANCUCCCCAAUCGAGAAGCUAUGUUUGGCACUAGUGUUCGCCAUCAAAAAACUCAAGCACUACUUUGA